AUGGUGAUGGGAGUGGUCCUGCUCCAGAUCAAGACUGCGAGGACUCCUACACGGAAACUUGUCAAGAGUGGUGGUGCACACUGCACAUACGAGCAUAUUGUUAAGGGCUACUGCCAGAAGACUUGUGGAAACUGCGAUGGCAGCUGUAAGGGGUGUCCUUCCGGCACCAUCAAGUGCUCUGACGGAGUCUACAGGAGCAGUACUUUUAAUAAUGAUUUUAUCUUUGGACAUACAAAUUUUAUAUUUAAUUGUAAAACUAAUAAUGUUAUUUAUGUUAUUUAUGUUAUUACCUGUUCUACCUGUAAAAAACAAUAUGUUGGAGAAACAACUCAACCACUUCAUAAAAGAGUCAAUGGCCACAGAAAUUGUGUCAAAGCCAAAUCAUCCACAUUUUUAUAUGAACAUUUUAAUAUUCCUGGUCACGUCUUCUCAGAUGCUUCCAUACAGAUUGUAGAUUAUGUUGAUUCUGACAUGUCCACUGAUGUCAAAAAUGAUUUACUUCUCCUGGAGGAUUACUGGAUAGAGAAGCUUGGGACAGCAUUCCCUCUUGGUCUUAAUGACAAGAAGAAAGGAACGGGCAACAUCUCCCAAGAUCGGGUUAUGAAUUAUUUUAGUGGACAGAUUGCUCGAUACAAACGUGGCAGAGGGAAUGGAAAGAAGAAAGUUCAGCCUAAGAAGUCUCUGGAUACCAUAGAGUCUGAUAUUAACAGGCUGAAAGAUAACAUCUCUUCAGAACAUUCCAUAUACAAAACAUUAAAAUGUUAUAGCUUAUCAGAUUUAGACACUCUCUACUCUUUGAGUCAAUAUAAUUCAGGAUUGAUUUACAACGUAUGUUCCUCUUUCUGUUCAACAUUUUCCCCCAAAUACCAUCAGAACAAAUCUGAAUCCAGUAAUAGAGAAUUUAUAAUUGUUCCAUUUAAUUGCAAAUUCAUUGAUAAUCUUAACCUAAAAUCUAUUUUCUCUGACACUUCAGUCAUUGAUUUGCUUCCCAUUUUGAUUCAGUCUUUUACACCAUUACAGAUUUAUUAUGAGUAUAAUGAUCCUAUAAGUCUUUCUAUUUGUAACUAUGCUUCAUUCUUAAAGAAACUUUCUAUUUCUGAUAUUAAAUCUAUUUUAGGUAGUCCAUGCGAUUGUCACUCCUCCCCUUUCAAUUAUCCUCCUCAUGGACAUGUAGUUACUGGUAAUUUAGAUAUUGUUGAUAAUGUUGAACUUAGGGAAGUACUUUCCUACGGUUGUAAAUACAGAAUUCCCACAUUUAAAUCUCCAGAUGAGAUAUAUAUGUCAGUUACCGAAGCUGUCGAUAAAUUUAUAAAAUCAAAAAGUAGUAAGUACUGUCAAAAAGAAGUAAAGUUCAGCGAUUGGAAGGAAAAAGUGUUAUCAAUAGUUUCCAAUCGUAUUGAAUAUUACAAGAAAAACUUUCCUGAAACAUUUGAAAUAAAAGAAAACUCAAAACACACUGGAAAAAGAUGA